AUGCAGCAGGCCCGCUGGACGGGCCUCUUCGGGCGGGGUCUCGGGGAAGGGCCCGCUCGCUCCGGCUGUGCGCCCGUCAGCGUCUCCGUAGCCAAGGGGCUGGUGCCUUGGUCCCUGAGGCGGCUGUUCAGCCACGGACCCCCGGCCCUGGAGCCACAGGCAGCAGAGCGAGGGGGCUGCCGCCAGCAGGCAUCCCUGCCGGGGUGGGCGGCCACCUGGCAGAGCCGCGCGGGGCCUCGGGCAAACAGGCGUCUGGCUCUCGGGGACUGGGACCUCUGCCUGGAGCUGCGGGUCUGCCUGCCCGUGGCACCGUCUCUGCGCUCAGCCCGGGCUGGACCUGCGCCCCCGAACCCGCCCGCCGGCCGGGACGCCCUCGCGCCGCUCAGCAUGGGCCCCGGAGCGGGUGUGCUGGCGGGCCCCGGCCUCGCCCUGCUGCUGGCCCUCGCCGCCCACGGUGCGGCGCCCCAGGCCCAGGGCUCCCUGGAGGAGCUGGACGCCAGCAGAGCUGACCUGUGGGCCACGGCCAACACCUCCCUCCUGCGAGGCUUCUGGUGCCAGCCGGCCAGCCAGCUGUCCCGGGACCAGCUGUCCGUGCUCAUCAGGAGGAUGGAGUCCGAGCGGGUGCCCCUGGGAGCCUGGCAGCUCAGCUGCCUGGCCAACCUGGCCGCCCUGCGCGGCCUGCAAGGCGACUUCGCGCUGCACCCCCCAGACCUGCUGCUCUUCUACAACCUGUCGCAGGUGAGCCGAGCCCAGUGCCGGGCCUUCUUCCGCCGAGCCGCCCAGGGGGACACGGAGCUGCUGGCCAACCUGCCGGACCAGAGGGCCGCCCUGCGGCGCACGGCGCUGGCCUGCCUGGGCGGGGCCCGGCCGCAUCUCAGCGCCUCAGACCUGCGGCUCCUCGGGGUGCUGGUGUGCGACAUGGACGCGGCCAGCAUCGCCGCUGCGGACCCCCACGUGCUGCGGAACCUGCAGCGCUGCCACCGGCUGACCCCCGCCCAGCAGGCCGCCCUCAACACGCUGCUGGCCAGCGGCAGGACCAGCCUGGGGCCUCCGGGCUCCUGGGACCUCGAGGGGCUGCAGACCCUGGGGCCGCUGGCCGCGCACAUCAGCCCCGCGCUGUGGAGGCAGGUGCCAGAGCCCGCCGGCCUGGACUUCUUCGGCAGCACAGUGGCCGCGUGCCGGGCCGGCCGGCUCAGCCAGCGCGACGCCAGGCGCCUCGUCGCGGGCUUCCUCGCGGCCAAGUCAGCGUCCUUGCGGCCCAAGCGCGGCGCAGGGGGCCGCUGCGUCCGGGGCGACAUCACGGCGGCCACGCUGCAGGACGACCUCUUCCUGGUGCGCUACGACUGCGCGCAGCUCGAGUCCUGCCUGGGCAGCCGGGUGCUCAGGGCCAACCUGGACCCCCUGCUGCAGCACCCGCUGCCCGCCGAGUGCCAGCGUGUGGUCAAGGCCAAGCUGGCCCUGGUCUACCCGCGCGGCCUGCCGGAGGAGCAGCUGCGCCGCAUCACCUCGCUGGUGUACCUGUACUCCCUCGCGGAGAUCCGCCAGUGGAACAUCACGUCCAGGGACACGGUCGUGGCCCUCCUGGCCUCGGACGUGGCCCUGGGUAACCAGACCGAGGCGGUGCUGCAGAAGUUCCUGGACCACAACGGCACCCUGACCGGCACGCUGCUGGUGGCCCUCGGGGGCUCCCGCCUCUGCUGGAUGAGCCCCGGGCAGAUCCAGACCAUCCGGCCCUCAGAGUUCCGGUGAGCUGGCCGGGCACUGGACAUCUCCGCCUGCCCCCAGAGCCAGAAGAACAUGGUCUUCGCCAAGGCCCGCGAGGCCUUCGGGGGCACCCGGACCACGGCUGCCUACUAUCGCUUCAUGCGCCCCUACUUAGGCGGCGCCCCCGUGGAGGAGCUGUGGCGGCUGGCCCGGGCCAACAUCACCCUGGACAUCGACACCUUCACCAACCUGAAUCCGCACGUGCUGCUGAACCUGAGCUUGAACAACGUGACCAAGCUCCUGGGCCACAACGUGGGGGACCUGCUGCGGGCACGCAGCCACCCGGCCAUCAGCAUCUGGCUCAACGGCCUCAGCGACACGGCCCGGCAAGAGCUGGGCAUCGACAGCGACCUCCCCGCCGGCUCCGCUGACCCCGGCCGCUCCCCCCACGGGACCCUCCCCACCGCUCCCCUGGCCCUCCAGCUCGCCCCUGGCGGUGUUGGGGAGGCCGCCAGCUCAGGCAGCACGGCCGCGCACCUGGGCUGCCUGCCGCUGGCCGUGGCCCUCCCCUCCGGCCUCCUGUGGCUGCUGAUGUCCGGACGCCUCAGGGCCCAGCCUGGACUGUCGCUGAGGCACCGCAGCGGGAACCCCCAAGACAGCCCUGCCCCCCCAUGGCACUCGGCAGCCACGGUGCCGGGAGGUGGAGCCCAGGCGGGGGUGGGGGCGCAGGCCCCAGGCCCAGCCAGGCCGGGUGGGGAGGGAAGUGCCGCCCGCUCUGACCGCAGGGGUCGCGGGGAGCCGGGCCCCUGA